GCGGCCUGCCGGCCUGCAGCCCGCGGCCAGAGACCCCCUUUCUAAUCUGCAACAACCCGCCGCUACUACUAGUCUACUAGUACGCUGCGAGACAGCCGAGCAGAGGCACGGAGCGAAGCGAAGCGCGGCGCGGGGCAGUGCAGUGCAGCGCGACCCCUCCUCGGAACAGCCGCGGAGCAGAGCCGCGCGCGCGUGCGUGUGCUUGCCCCCACCCCACACGCCACACCCCUCGUCUCUCCAGCCAUGGCGGCCCGCCGCGGGUGCUUCCCCCUGGUCGCCGUGCUGCUCGCGCUGCUCUGCCGCGCCGAGGCGGCGGUGAGGGAGCUCAAGGUCGGGUACUACGCCGAGACGUGCCCGGAGGCCGAGGGGGUCGUCCGGGAGGUCAUGGCGCGGGCGCGCGCCCGCGAGGCCCGCAGCGUCGCCUCCGUCAUGCGCCUCCAGUUCCACGACUGCUUCGUCAACGGGUGCGACGGGUCGGUGCUGAUGGACGCCACGCCCACGAUGCUCGGCGAGAAGGACGCCCUGUCCAACAUCAACUCCCUGCGCUCGUUCGAGGUCGUCGACGAGAUCAAGGAGGCGCUGGAGGAGCGCUGCCCCGGCGUCGUCUCCUGCGCCGACAUCGUCGUCAUGGCCGCCCGCGACGCCGUCUUCCUGACCGGUGGGCCCACCUGGGAGGUGCGGCUCGGGCGCGAGGACAGCCUGACGGCGAGCCAGGAGGACUCGGACAGCAUCAUGCCGAGCCCGCGCGCCAACGCCAGCGCGCUCAUCCGCCUCUUCGCCGGGCUCAACCUCAGCGUCACCGACCUCGUCGCGCUCUCCGGCUCCCACUCCAUCGGCGAGGCCCGCUGCUUCUCCAUCGUCUUCCGCCUCUACAACCAGUCCGGCUCCGGCCGCCCCGACCCGAACAUGGACGCAGGCUACCGCCGCGCGCUCAACGCGCUCUGCCCCAGGGGCGGCGACGAGGAGGUCACGGGCGGCAUGGACGCCACCCCGCGCGUCUUCGACAACCGCUACUUCAAGGACCUCGUCGCCCUCCGCGGCUUCCUCAACUCCGACCAGACGCUCUUCUCCGACAACGCGAGGACCCGCCGCGUCGUCAAGCGCUUCAGCGAGGACCAAGACGCCUUCUUCAGGGCCUUCAUCGAGGGGAUGAUCAAGAUGGGCGAGCUGCAGAACCCCAGGAAGGGGGAGAUACGGCGUAACUGCCGCGUCGCCAACGGCUCGCCAUCACCGGCGACGCCCAAGGAGGUGGCGACGUACCGCGUCAUGGACUUCUGAUCGAUCACGCGUCCGGCGGGGUUUGGGGUUUCAGAACAGAUCGAGCUCUGAUAUCGUGCUACUGAUAUGUUGACAAGGUUUUUGGUCGUGUGUAGUGUGAGUUUUGCACCUAUACCUAUGAUUGUGGUGCGCGAGCUUUUGUGCUCACUGCUGAUCUGGGAAAUAAUUGAGAUGGUGUACCUACAUAUAUGAUAAGGGUAGCUUAGCCAAAAAUUGCCUUGUGUGAUUUAUAAGCUCGUUCUACUGGCCGAUUUGAUUUCCAGAACAAAUAAUUAAAUCGGUUGCGC